ACUAUCAUUUCCGGGGUAAAUUUGUAACUUGUAUAGAUAACAUACCUUGUCGUCCUUGAUAACCGGCCCAUACAUGUCAACGGCAGUGUUAAUAGCCGCUGUUGUUGGCGGCGGGGUUCUGCUCCUAAUGCGCCGUCUCUUCCCCCGGCGGAAAGCAGUAAAGCUGCUCCAGUAUCCGACCGACACCAUGCGUGGAAAGACUGUGAUAGUGACUGGGGCUAACAGCGGGAUAGGGAAGGCCUUGGCCGGGGAGCUGCUGAAGCUUCGCGCCCGGGUCAUCAUGGCCUGCCGGGACCUGCGGAGCGCCGAGGACGUAGCCCAGGACCUGAGGAGCCAAGCCGGGCCAGAGCAGGGGGAGGUGGUCAUCAAGCACCUGGACUUGGCUUCCCUCCGAUCUGUCCGGAAUUUUUGUGAGGAAAUCAACAAGGAGGAACCUAAGAUUGAUGUGCUGGUCAACAACGCCGGGAUCUAUCAGUGUCCCUACACGAAGACAGAAGAUGGUUUUGAGAUGCAGUUUGGAGUGAAUCACCUGGGCCACUUCCUCCUCACUCACCUGCUGCUGGACCUCCUGAAGGCCUCGUCUCCCAGCCGCAUUGUCGUCGUUUCCUCCAAACUCUACAAAUACGGCCACAUCAACUUUGACGACUUGAACAGCGAAGGGAACUACGAUAAAGCUUUCUGCUACAGCCAGAGCAAGCUGGCCAACCUGCUGUUCACGCUCAAGCUGGCUCAUCAGCUCGAGGGCACGGCGGUCACGGUCAACGCCCUCACCCCGGGGAUGGUGAGGACCAGGCUGGGCCGCCACGUCCAAAUCCCUCUGCUGGCUAAGCCGCUGUUCCACCUUGCCUCGUUGGUCUUCUUGAAGAGUCCGUUGGAGGGAGCCCAGACGCCGCUCUAUCUGGCGUGUUCCCCCGAGGUGGAGGGGGUGUCGGGGAAGUGCUUCGCUAACUGCGAGGAAGAAGAGUUGAUGGCCAAAGCUACAGACAAACAGGCGGCCAAGAAACUGUGGGACAUAAGCAGGAGGAUGGUUGGACUCGCAGAGUGACCACGGGGCCAGUUCUGAGGACCGGACUGUUAGGGAAUUAAGUGUUCUUGGACGACUUUGUUAAUCCACUUCUGCUUGCAGAAUUCAUUGUGCAAGAGAUGGGUUGUGAAAAAUCCUCUUUUUUCUUUUUUUUGGUCCUCCCUGAGGAUGAAAACUUUAAUGGAAAAACAUGUUGUGCCUCUGAAAUGGGAUAAUUAGCAGACUUUGUGCUACAUUACAGAACUGAUUAGAUCUCAUAUUGUGAUUUUAAUUUUAAGAGGUGCCUGUUCAAGUAAAGUUUUAAAAGAAGUUUUGCCAUAAUUUUUUUCAUCCAGAUAACUCUCACCUCUUUAUUUGUGGGGAAGUUAAAAGCAGGGUUAGGUUUUAUAGUAAUAUCCCAGGCUUUUAACUUCUCACAGAGCAGCUCAAUCUGUCAUCUGAAAAUGGAAAGAACAUAAAAAUUCACAAGAACUGACCAUUCAACUAAGCUGACAAAGAAUCAUUCAGUGAAACAGCCAGGAGGCUUUAAUAAAUCUGGAGGAGCUGCGGAGAUCCGAAGCUUUAAUGGGAGAAUUUUCCAACAGUACAACUGUUAGUUGUGCUCUCCAAAAAUCCAGACUUUUUCACAAAGUGGCACAGAAAAAACUGGGAGAUACAAACCCUGCAUCAUGCUCUGCUCUACUGUGACGGCCUAUCAUAUAUAAUCCAUAUUAAAUACAACAAACAAUCUGGCUCUGGUUUGAUAAAAUGUAGAAAAGAACAUGAAUACUUUAAAAUAACUGCAGCAAACGUUUCAGUGCAAUAAAAGAUUUAAAGAUACCGUCAGUCUAACUAUACAUUGCUGAGGAUAAGAUAUUUUGUUCCUAUAUAACAUGACCUUAUCAAAGUUCGGAAGCAGACGUCAGGAUCAAAGGAACUGGACUCGGUGCGCUCAUGAAAGGCGAGCUGAGCCGAGCUGUCACAUUUACCUCAACGGCGACGUCUCAUUACUGCUUGUGCUCCUCAGAUCCUCAGCUGAGUCUUUGUGUGUGCUCAAGUUGUGCGCAGCUUCACCCCGAUUUUGCACUGCAAAGCAAGAACAAGCUGAAGGUGGCUGUUUGAACUGAUCUCCCCUUAGUGCAUUUUUAAGCUUAAAUGUUUUUCUGCCACGUCUGUUGGAAGGCUGACGCUGCACCGUGGCGCCCUCUUGUGGAUGGAUUCAAACUUUACAAGUAAAUAACUCUUUUUUUUUUUUUGAAUCUCUGCAGGAAGGCCGCCUGAAAGGACAUCCAUCAACAAGAACAAUGAAACUGCUGAACCACAGAAGCGAUUAAUUUACAAGGCUGCUACUUUAAUGAGUUGUUCUUGCCCAAACCAAAUCAGCCCCAUCAGUCGCUAUCACACAAGCCGUUUUAAAGCAGGUUGUUCAGUUGUGAAUAUAAUGUAAAAUUUAGUUCUGGUACAACAGAAUGAAUGUUCCCUUUAAGUGCUAAAUAAAGACCAUUGACGCCAACUAAACA